GACAUUGACGUAAAAUAAUGCCGACGCACAUCCGUUUUGUUAUUGCUGGUAUUUGUACUUAAAGACGGUGGUUUUUGAAGUUACGCGAAGAAAUAAACAGGCUGUUUUGUACAAAUAUAUACGGAUUCUCCACACAAAACUAUCUUUGAUGGAUUAGCUUUUAUCCAGACCAAAAAAACGUAUGUUACUUGAUGUCUAACUUGCUAUUCUUUGAGCAGCAGGCUAACUUUUACUUACUUUUUCACUUUUUUCUGGAGCCGUUUUGAUUCAUUUAUUCUCGCAAGGAGCCGUCAUGUUCCACAACAGCUCUCAGAGAAAGUACUGGAUUUUUAAAAGUGAAGAUGAACUGGAGCACAUGAGGUACAAAGCUAAUCAGAAAUUCCGUAACAAGGCACUAGAAAGCGGGAAGCAUGGAGGGAGUAAGUCCAUGUUCCUGGAGCGUCAUGAGGAAGACAUCUUGUUCCGACACUAUGAGAGGAGGUUGCUGGACUUCUGCAACGCUUUUAAGCCUGCGAUGCCCAAGUCUGUGGUGGGUACAGCUACCAUGUAUUUCAGAAGAUUCUACCUGAACAACUCCAUUAUGGAAUUCCACCCUAGGAUUAUCAUGCUGACAUGUGCCUACCUGUCCUGUAAAGUGGAUGAGUUCAAUGUGUCCAGCACACAGUUUGUGGGCAACCUUCUGCAGGAGACCCCAGCAGGACAGGAGAGGGUUCUGGAGCAAAUCCUGGAGUAUGAGCUGCUGCUGAUCCAGCAGCUCAAUUUUCACCUGGUGGUCCACAACCCUUACAGACCCAUGGAGGGUCUGCUCAUCGACCUCAAGACUAGAUACCCUACGCUGGAGAACCCAGAGUCACUGAGGAAGAGUGCUGAUGACUUUCUGACACAGGCAGCUUUGACAGAUGCAGGGCUGCUGUUUUCUCCCUCUCAGAUCGCUAUUACAGCUAUUCUGAACAGCGCUUCAAGAGCCGGCCUCAACCUGGAGAGCUACCUGACUGAAUGCUUGGGGCUGAAAGAGGACAAAGAGACUCUCCUAAAGAUGUACGACUCAAUGAGACGGAUGAAAACCCUCCUAAAGAAGUAUGAGCUGCCCAAACCAGAGGAGGUGAAUGUUUACAAACAGAGGUUGGAGAGGAUUCACGCUGAAUUUGGCACUUCAAGCAAUAAACGGAAGAGAGGAUAUGAAGAAGACGGCCAUGUAGCAAAAGAACCACGUUUGGCAGAAGAGGAAUGGACUGAUGAAGACCUGAUAUGAACACAAUAUGAUUGGGGAACCAAACAGAGUUUUAAGUUAUUACUGUACUUACAUCCAAUAUUUUACUGUCAAUGGAUUUGACAGAAAUGACCAAACACAAUGGAGUGUCACUGUUUGCAAGAGUACAUGUCAUAUUUACUUUUCUGUGUGACAGUUUUUUUGGUUUGCCUUGGUUCUGCAGUAAGAAUAAAGCUAUUUUUAUACAUUUC